GUGGAUAACGAGAGCCUGUACGUCCGACUGACGACAAAUGUUCAUACACGUCAAGUUAACCCUGAGCUAGAUGAAAAACAGUGGAAUGCUUAUGAAGCCUCCAGGAUAGCUGGUAAAAGUUGCCUUAAUCUUGCCCGUGAAGAUCUCAUCUUGAAACGCACUUUUGCCGAAGAGUGGCCAUCUGUGAGAAGUUUCUUGGAGCUGUGUCCAAAACCUGCUUGCCUCGUUGCUCACAAUGGUUUAUCGUUUGACUAUCGCGUGCUGUAUGGUGAAUUGAAGCGAUGUGGUUUCAUCGAAAAGGAUAUGGGAAUCCCAGAUGGGGUCGUCUUCAUCGAUUCAUAUUUGGCUAUCCGAGAACUCGAGGCAAGGCACCGUAACGAACUUCAUCAUGCGACGAGACUGGUCGAUUGGAAAAUGCUUUCCGAGCAAGUGUGUCUGAAUCGAGUACCAGCUUGUGAGGAUAUUCCGUCAGCUGUUGAGGAGGACGGUAACCGAGAUGAGCCCGUAGAUUCCAAGAAUGUGGAAAUACACCUCAUACAGCCACAAUGCCCUAUUGAUCCGCGUACUCCUAAUCGGCCCCCGAUCCCACGAGGAACUAACAGUGAACCAGCAAAGCUUUCUGGUCGACGUCGGCUUUUCGAUAACGAGCUGCCCGGGGCCGAUCAUCCUCUUCUGUUUUUGAAUACCGAUGAUUGGUCUCCUGCCAAACGUCGUCGUGUUCGACCAGAGUAUUUCAGGCGUAUAGACGGUGGCCGUUGGGACUUCAAUUGUACUGUGGCAGAAAUGAAUACCAGAAACAAGUUGACCACAAUUUAUGAGACCGUGCUAAAGUCCCAGUACAAUGCUCAUUAUGCUCAGGAUGACACUGAAGCUUUGUUGCAGGUAUGCCUCGCGUAUGGGAAGGACUUUUUGGACUAUGCUGACAAUAAGGCUGCAGAUUUUCCUUUCUAG